CUCCACUAGAGACCGAUAGCGCUCCGAGUAACCCCAGGACAGCAACACGGCGAAAGUGUGAAGAAGUUAUCAGGUGCUUGAGGUGCGUUGUGCUUUUCUCCUAGUCGGCGUCAUUUUGGAGCAAAUCAAAGGCUGAAAUCCUCUUUAAGGGUGACAAAGGUCAGCUGAUGCCAGGAUAAGCCUUAGCCUAGAGGAGAUAACCAGGUUGCAAGAAGCCGGCAUACAUGCGCUACUACACAGACUGCUGACUAAAUGCAGGAUGGCACAGUGGGGUGCCAUAUUCUCAAUUAUUGUGGCUCUUGCUGGGGCAGCACUUUUGGCUUCCGUGCACAAGAUCGAUGAAGGCCACACUGGAGUUUACUACAGGGGAGGAGCUCUCUUGACCGCCACCAGUGGACCUGGUUUCCAUCUUAUGCUUCCAUUCAUCACCACCUACAAGUCUGUUCAGACGACACUGCAGACCGAUGAGGUGAAGAAUGUCCCCUGUGGCACGAGUGGAGGAGUGAUGAUCUACUUUGAUCGCAUCGAGGUGGUCAACUACCUUGUUCCUUCAGCAGUGUUUGACAUAGUGAAGAACUUCACUGCAGACUACGACAAAGCUUUGAUAUUCAACAAGGUGCACCACGAACUCAACCAGUUUUGCAGCGUCCACUCUCUGCAGGAGGUCUACAUUGGCCUGUUUGACCAAAUUGAUGAAAACCUCAAAAUAACAUUGCAAGAAGAUCUAACAAGCAUGGCACCUGGUCUCAUCAUACAGGCAGUCCGGGUCACAAAGCCUAACAUCCCAGAGAGCAUCCGCAGGAAUUACGAACUGAUGGAGAGUGAGAAGACAAAACUGCUGAUCUCCCAGCAGACACAGAAGGUUGUGGAGAAAGAGGCAGAGACCGAAAGGAUCAAAGCUGUGAUUGAGGCUGAGAAAGUAGCCGAAGUGUCAGAAAUCAAAUUUGGACAGAAAGUCAUGGAGAAGGAGACUGAGAAAAAGAUCUCUGAAAUUGAGGAUGGGGCUUUUGUGGCACGACAGAAGGCCAAGGCAGAUGCCGAGUUCUACACAUCACAGAGAGCUGCGGAGGCCAACAAGAUGAAGUUAACUCCAGAAUACCUGCAGCUCAUGAAGUACAAGGCCAUUGCUGCCAACAGCAAGAUCUACUUUGGGAACGACAUACCCCAGAUGUUCGUGGACUCAGCCGGAACUUCCAUCAAGGCGUCUGCAGCCAUGGACUUUGUGGGCGAGCAGAUUUUGGACAUGGAUUAAGACAAGAAGGUACUGGGAGGGACCGCACAUGGUUGGUGGACUCAAUGUUGGAGGGUCGUGACACAAACUAUGCAGCUUUUUCCCCUUCAGCCCAGAGAAGCCCUGCUGACGUGAACCUCAGAACCACUGCUAGAAACUCUCAACAUUGGAAUAAGCAUGUAAAAAGUCCGAAUAUAACCUUUUCAGGGACGCUUCUUUGUUUGGUACUGGUAGAAGAAAAACAUUUUUGAUUGCAUCACACGUGAGUUCAAGUGUGUGCUGUGUGACGUUGAGAAACAACAACAACAAAAAAAAGAACACGGCUCUUGUGGAAAUUCAUCAAGCACAAGCAAGUGAUAAUGCCUUCAAUAUGGCAGCAUUCCAAUAGGGAGUGGUGCCCCAAGGGUAGAAGUACAGUAUGUGUUUACACCAACAAGCAUUUCUUUCUUUCAUGAGGCUCUUAAAUGAGAACUACACUUGUUUGGGGAAUUUUGCCUAAUGGUCACAAUCACCAUGAGCGACAAGAACAAAAAUGUCUUUUUUUUUUUUUAUUUAAGGACCCUAAAGAUGAUAAAAAAAACGCUUGCAAGAUGCGGCUAAUGGGAGCCACCGUUGUAGCCUUCAAAGCCCUCUAAAAGGCCUACUGAAACCCACUACUACCGACCACACAGUCUGAUAGUUUAUGUAUCAAUAAUGAAAUCUUAACAUUGUAACACAUGCCAAUACGCAAUUGCAAUUUUAAAUUUCGCGCUGAAGUAUCCUGCUGAAACGUCGAGGUAUGAUGACGCGUGCGCGUGACGUCACGCAUUGUACAGGACAUUUUGUUCCAGCAUCGUUUCUAGCUAUGUCGUCUGUUUUCAUCGCAUAAUUCCACAGUAUUAUGGACAUCUGUGUUGCUGAAUCUUUUGCAAUUUGUUCAAUGAAUAAUGGAGACAUCAAAGAAGAAAGCUGUAGGUGGGAAGCAGUGUAUUGCGGCAGCCUUUAGCAACACAAACACAGCCGGUGUUUCAUUGUUUACAUUCCCGAAAGAUGACGGUGAAGCUUUACUAUGGAACAGAGCGAACAAGCGAACACGGUUGGAUUGGACCACACACACAAAGUACAGUGUAUUAUGCAGCGAUCAUUUCAAAAGAUCGUGUUUCGAAGAGGGUCCCUUGCUAAGGGCAGAGAUGGGCAUCGCCACCACCCGUCGACUGGUGCUGAAGAAAGGUGCGGGGCCGACCUUCAGGUUGUACAGUUACGACCAUGUAAUCAAAUAAUCUCACUAAAACACUAGUAGCACAAUAAGCAGAUAAGGGAUUUUCCAGAAUUAUCCUACUAAAUUUGUCUAAUAACAUCUGAAUCGCUCCCACAGUAUAGUCUUUUUUUUUUUUUCUAGUCCUUCACUCUCACUUUCCUCAUCCACAAAUCCUUCAUUCUCGCUCAAAUUAAUGGGGAAAUUGUCGCUUUCUCGGUCCGAAUCGCUCUCGCUGCUGGUGGCCAUGAUUGUAAACAAUGUUCAGAUGUGAGGAGGUCCUCAACCCGUGACGUCACGCGCACAUCGUCUGCUACUUCCCGGUACAGGCAAGGCUUUUUUAUCAGCACCAAAAGUUGCAAACUUUAUCGUCGAUGUUCUCUACUAAAUCCUUUCAGCAAAAAUAUGGCAAUAACGCAAAACGAUCAAGUAUGACACAUAGAAUGGACCUGCUAUCCCCGUUUAAAUAAGAAAAUCUCAUUUCAGUAGGCCUCUAAAAAAACUUCAAAAACCUCCAUCCAUCCAUUUUCUACCGCUUGUCUCUUCCUGGGUUGCGAGUGGUGCUGGAGCCUAUCUCAGCUGAAUCAAAAUUUGAAUUAUGUACAUAAUAAUGGAACUGGCACAUCCAUAAAAAAUAUGUACAAUAUUAACCAUAUUUUAGUCUUUUUGAGCAAUACCGUUACUAAAUUCCUCAGCGCAUUUAUUUCCGUUUCUAGCAAUGCACUUCCGGCAACAAGUAGCCUAGUGGUUUGAGUGUCCGCCCUGAGAUCGGUGGGUUGUGAGUUCAAACCCCGGCAGAGUCAUACCAAAGACUAUAAACAUAGUGUGAAUGUGGAAUUUGGAGCCAAGCUAUGCUGACAUAAAUGGUGUGCUUACCCAAAAUCAACUGGAAAAAAAACUUCCCCGGCCAGCUGGACCAAACGCACGACUGUCCAUCGAGUGAGUCACUAUAAUAUUGAUCGUAACACAUGCAGCACAUCAUACUGUACGCUGUCGAGCUUGCUGUGUACAAACAAAACAUGAAAUGUGGGUUAACACUUUAUAGAUAUUGUAAUAAGACUGUUCAUGUUUUUCAGUCAGUACUCAUUUGUGUCCUAUUGCAUUUUUUUUGUACAUUAAAAGUUUUAAAGCCAUUCGGCUGCUGACAUAGAUGCUAGUUUACGGCUAGGCUUUGAUUGAUUGAUUGAAGACUUUUAUUAGUAGAUUGUACAGUACAUAUUCCGUACAAUUGACCACUAAAUGGUAACACCCGAUUAAGUUUUUCAACUUGUUUAAGUCGGGGUCCACGUUAAUCAAUUCAUGGUAAAUUGUUAUGCAAUGUGUUAGUACGCUGUUAAAAGAGUUUCCAAGGGUUUGCUCUUAAAUUAACAAUGGCGCUACCACUUGGUUAUUAUACAGGUUAUGGAAACGUAAAUUAAAAAUUGUUGGCGAUUUUUGAAGGGAUUUAGAGAUAGAACGAAAUGAUCCCAUUAGCUGCAUCGCUUGCCACCGAGAAGGAGACAAUUAUGACAAAUUAAAAUGAAAAAAUAUAUAUAUUUUGUCUUCUUGUCGCUUACAGUUGUGAUCAAAAUUAUUCAACCCCCACACAAUUUUGGUGUUUUUGCAAGUUGGACAUUUAUUCUGUAUUUUGUUAAUGGUCAUAUCAAAUAAAGAUGUGUCGAAUAGACAAAUGCAACUUAAAUUGUUACAUAGUAUUUUACAAAAUACCAAAAAAGGACAUUUUUCUUAAUAUCUUAUUGACAAAAUGAUUCAACCCCCUAGUUCCAUGCAUCUUUAGUACUUAGUAGAACACCCUUUGGCAGUAAUGACGUCCUUCAAAGGUGAUACAUAAGCUUCUUGCAAGCAUCUACAGGUAUUUUAGCCCAUUCCUCUUGGGCAAAGGCCUCCAGUUCAUUCAUAUUCUUGGGCUUGCGUGCUGCAACUGCCUUCUUCAAGUCCCACCACAGCUUUUCUAUAAGAUUUAGGUCUGGCGACUGUGAAGGCCACUCCAGAGUCUUCCAGCCUUUCUUCUGAUGUUAAUUUGGAGGUAUGCUUGGGAUCCUUGUCCUGUUGGAAGGUCCAACGUCUCCCAAGCCUCAGCUUCGUCACUGACUUCAUGACAUUUGCAGCUAACAUAUCCUGCUAGGAAAUAGAAUUCAUAAUGCCUUGAACGCGCUGGAGAUUCCCGGUACCUGAGGCAGAGAAACAGCCCCAGAGCAUGAUUGACCCCCCACCAUGCUUAACAGUAGGAAAGGUGUUCUUCUCUUUGUAAGCUUAAUUUUUUUCUCCUCCAGACAUAACGUUGAUUCAUAGGCCCAAAGAGUUCCAGUUUUAGAAGAGUUUCCCAAAACCUUUGGGGUUUGUCCAGAUGAUUUUUGGGCAUACUGGAGUCUAUUUUACUUGUGCCUGGUAGUCAGAAGUGUGGUGCGCCUCGUCGUGCGCGCCUUAUUGUCUGGGACAAAACCUGCGUUCCCUCCUCUGCAAUGUCCUGUUGUAGUUCCUCAGCUGUUUUUCACCACUGUACGCUUCAAACACCGGACAGCAGUUGCACACAGCAUCUUCUUUCUACCACGCCCAGGUAGUGAUUCCACUGUGCCUUUAGCCUUAAACUUGCAAAUUAUGCUCCAUACUGUGUCUUUUGGAAUGUGUAAUGUCUUUGCUAUUUUCUUAUAUCCAUAUCCUUUCUUAUGAAGAGAAAUUACCUCCUCUCUUGACUUCUUUGACAACUCCCUGGACUUCACCAUGUUGCAAAUACACCAUUGACCAUCUACAAGAAGCUGAGCGUCACAGUCUUUUUCAAUCAGUUUAAUUGUUGCUCGUUAUGGUUCUAAUCACAUCUACAGGUGUUUUCAACACCUGAUUGAAAAGACCUUAUUCAAAUUCUGUUCCUUAGAAUUAUGAUCUUCAAGGGGUUGAAUAAUUUUGUCAAUUAGAUAUUAAGAGAAAUGAUUGGCAACACUAAAUUGGCCCUAGUGUGUGAAUGUGUGUGUGAAUGUUGUCUAUCUGUGUUGGCCCUGCGAUGAGGUGGCGACUUGUCCAGGGUGUACCCCGCCUUCCGCCCGAUUGUAGCUGAGAUAGGCGCCAGCGCCCCCCGCAACCCCAAAAGGGAAUAAGCGGUAGAAAAUGGAUGGAUGGAUGGAUGGACACUGUUUGGUAUGUUAGAAAAUAUAAUGUAAUUCAAGUUGCAUUUGUCUAUUUAUUGCAUCUUUAUUUGAUAUGACUAUAAACAAAAUACGGAAUACAUGUCCAACUUGCUAAAACACCAAAGUUGUGUGGGAGUUGAAUAAUUUUGAUCACAACUGUUAUAAGGAUUGUAGGGAAAGGCAACAUUUUUCCCAAAAAAGUGCAGUUCCCCUUUAAACGUCAAGUCACUCCACUGAAUAUUUGUAGUCCUCUCUGUUUGCUUCAGGUUGAAACAAAAGUUCUCUGCUGCUUCACUUGUUCAUUGUUAAGAUAAAAUGUUAACUAAUUGUUUAUUAUCUUUUGUAUGAAUCCAUGAUGACGUCCAAUCAAAAGUGCGGCGAUGUUUCCAGCACAAAGAGA